UUUGGUUGUUUUCAGAUCUCUGGGAACUUCCUGCUCAUUGAUCAGACACGUUGGUCGUCAUGGCGUCCGCCGUGGCAGCAGACAGCAGAUCGACCUUCUCCAUCGAUCGGAUUCUGGGUCUGGAUCUGGAUCCAGCAGGAAACUGCCUGAACCUCCACCGGCCGUGGACAGAGAAGGAGAACAGAGGAAACAGUCUCUGCUUCAUCCAGCAGCAUCCUCAUCCUCAUCCUCAUCCUCAUCCUCAUCCUCAGCUGACACACAGACCGACAUCAAACUGGUACGUUGGCCGCCGACCGCGCACCGCCUUCACCAACAGCCAGGUGAGCGUCCUGGAGACGGUGUUCCAGGUGAACUGUUAUCCAGGGAUCCAGCUGAGGGAGCAGCUGGCUGGGAGACUGGACCUGGACGAGGACCGGAUCCAGAUCUGGUUUCAGAACCGGCGAGCCAAGCUGAGGCGUUCCCUCAGAGAGACCCGUCUGCGGCUGGUCCAGACGGCCGUGGCUGACCUGGGAGUCAUAGGUCAACUGAAGGUCAGUGAGCAGGAGCUCGCCUCCCGCAUCCAGCUGCAGGAGCAGGAGGAGGGAUUGGAGGAGGAGGAGUGAUGAAGGACGUCCGUGCUGUUUCUGAUCUUCUCAUCAUCACUUCAUCAGUGUCUUCACCUUCUGUCGUUCUUCUUCCCUCCUUCAAAUGCCGCACAGAAACUCAACUGUCAAAACAAAUGCUGAUAAAUGAAGGUCUGCUGAUGAGCUGUCAUGUGACAGUGAUUAUUGAUUAUUGACACAUCCAGCUGAUCGAUUUUGGCAGUUUGACAUUGUUGAUGAUCAGGUUUGAUUAGUGAGGGACCAGAACAGAUGAAGUUUGGAGAUCAGACUGUGUCAUGAUGAGCUCAGUGUCAAUAAU